AAAGGGGGAAGGGGAGGCUCGUUGAGCGAUAGAUUGGACGGAACGGAGAAAUAAACCCUAACCCUGCGCCAGUCAUCUGGAGGCAGAGAGAAAUACAGAGAGAAAGGAGGGAGAGAAAAGACAAAAGGAGGCAGACGGGUGUUAUCACAGAAGCGCUGUCGGGUCUUAGAGAGAGGGGACAGACAGAGAGAGACACGCACGCUGAGGCUGAGAGGAGCCUCAACGAGUUCUCCCCCCUCUGCACCUUCCUCUGAAUGGUUUGAAGCCAUGCCCAUCGUGUCUGCAAGCACAGGGCUGCAUGAGACUCUGGCCCUGCUCACCUCUCAGCUCCACCCAGAUGCCAACCAUAAAGAGGACCUGGUCUUUCUCAAAGAUGUCUUCAGUGAGAAGAGUAUCGGUUACCUCAUGAAGAUCCAUGAGAAACUGAAGCAGUAUGAGAAACAGAGCCCGACGCCAGUCCUACACAGCGCCUCCUGUCUGGCAGAGGAUCUGGCAGAAGAGCUUCAGAACGGGCCGCUGGAGGACGACGAGAAAGAACUGCUGCUCCUGCUGAGCACUCCUCACCUCAAGGCAGUGCUGUCAGCCCACGACACGGUGGCCCAAAAGAACUUUGACCCUGUGCUGCCGCCGCUGCCGGAGGACCUGGCGGACGACCUGGAGGAAGAGUCUGUGAAGAUAGUCCGCCUGGUGAAGAACAAGGAGCCCCUGGGAGCGACUAUUCGGAGAGACGAGGGGACGGGAGCUGUUAUCGUGGCCAGAAUCAUGAGGGGAGGGGCAGCCGACCGCAGCGGGCUGGUGCAUGUAGGGGACGAGCUUCGGGAGGUCAACGGAAACCUGAUAACCCACAGAAGGCCCGAUGAAAUAAGUCAGAUUCUGUCCCAGUCACAAGGCUCCAUCACACUCAAAAUCAUCCCAGCAGUUGUAGAGGAGGACAAACUGAAGGAAAGCAGGGUCUACCUUCGGGCUUUGUUUGACUACACCCCCUUUGAGGACAAGGCCACGCCAUGCCAAGAGGCAGGACUUCCCUUUAACAGGGGAGACAUUCUUCAGGUGGUGAGCCAGGAAGAUGCCACCUGGUGGCAGGCCAAGAAGGUGGGCGACUGUAACCUGCGCGCCGCCCUCAUCCCCUCCACGCAGUUCCAGGAGAGGCGCCUGAGAUACAGGAUGAAAAUGGGCACCUUUCCUGCUCCUGUGUCCCCAAGAGCUCCUACAUACUGUGACAGUGAGGGUGCUCUGAAUGGAAAGGACGUAGCCAGCCUGCGCAGAAGUUUCCGCCUCAGGAAAGAUCGUCAGGGUUCACCGGGAGAAGCUCACACUCCAGAUACCAGCCACACAGACUUUCUCAUUUAUGAAGAAGUAACACAAUACCUGCCCCGCCCUGGUGAGAGGCCCCGCCUUAUAGUGCUGAUCGGUUCCCUGGGAGCUCGGAUCACUGAGCUCAAACAGAAGGUGAUGGCUGAGAAUCCUCGACGCUAUGGAUUGGCUGUGCCUCACACCACUCGAGCCAGGAAGUGUCAUGAGAGAGAAGGAGUGGAGUAUCACUUCAUCACCAAAGCAGCUUUCGAGGCUGACAUCCAGAAUGGCAAGUUCAUUGAAUAUGGGGAGUAUAAAGAUAAUCUGUACGGCACCAGCUUGGAGUCCAUCCGUAAAAUUUUGGAUCUACACAAAGUCUGUCUAGUGGAUGUGCAACCAGAGGCACUGAAGACUCUACGUACCACUGGCUUCAAGCCAUACAUCAUCUUUGUACGGCCUUGCCUCUACGAUAGUCAAAGAAAACAGCUUGGCUCCUCUUCCUCACUCAGCUUAGUGAUCACGGAGGACGACCUACAGGAAAUGAAGCAGUCGGCAGAGCGGAUGGACGAGUGCUACGGCCAUUGGGUGGAUUAUGUCUUGGUGAAGGAGGACCCCGUCAGUGCCUUAGCAGAGCUCCAGGUCGUACUGGAGAGGGUGCAGAUGGAGCCUCAGUGGGUGCCUGUGUCCUGGGUGAGGAGCUAGUCUGAUUAACUGAGCCUGACUGCCUCAUAUUGGAAAAGCGGACCAUUAUGCGAGGAGAGAGAAAACUGCGGGGAGCCUUUGAAGGUUCUGAGUGUUGGAGUGAUCCAGUGUUUACUGCCAUAUAACCCUUCCACAGAUACAGGUUUGUGUGUCAAAAGACAACAUCUGCAAUGACCGAGGGCUGCUUUUUCAUCAGUCUGAACAUCAAGCAAGCAUUUCUGAUUAGAUUGAUUACUGUGAAGUAACCUGGGUAGUCAUACAGGUACAGCGCUGGUAUACAUACUGUAUAUCUAACUAUUACAAUGGCAACAGCUCUGACAGGCAUGAAGUACAUGCAUGCAGGACAAGGUUCCUGAGGCAAGCAUCUGCACUUGUGUGAUCAAUACUGAAAGACACCUACUACAUUUAGCAGCUACAAUGUGAAGUGCCAUAUUGAACGUGUUAAACUAAAGUAUAAUUGUAAAAUGAAAGAAUAAAUCUGCAGACCUCUGCAUCUUUCAUGCUGGGCACUGUAUUUAUGUUACCAUUACUUGAUUUGGCUUUGACAAAAGUCUGAAUUAAAUAAGAUAAGUGUGUUGUGCAUUUAGUUGAGAAAUAAAACUCCUGAGCCAUCUAGUAUUAUUGGGG